AACUUGUUGACAUGCACAGAAGAAUCUCUACGUCAUUUCCAACACUAUGACGUACUACUUUGCACCACUUUGAUACUCUAGUUUGGAACAGGGGUCGCGGAUGAAUACUGUGUUCUGCGACCUUGUGAACGUGCUGGCACCGUACUGUCACCGUACUGACUGGGACCACAACAGUGCGGCCGCCAGGUUUCCGUCUCUGCAGCCAGCCCAAGUCGUCACUGGGUACAGCGAGCGCACACUUCCUUCGUGCCACACCUCAUCUGGAACUACAGCACACCUCCAGUGUACCAAAAACUUGUUCCUAGAGACCAAGGAGAGACAGUGUUUUCGGGAUAUGGUGCUGUCGUCCGCCCCCCUCCCACCCCAGCACCGGAUGACAACAGAAUCAAAGAUUGCUAUGGCAGACCCCCAGCCCCAACCUCCAGCAGAAAAAGCUGGGCCACCACAGAUGCUGUUUGGACAGAACCAACAGGAAACAGGGAUGAGGGGUGUUCAGGGUGACAUGCAGUUUACACCACAGUACAUUAGGAGAGCUCAGCCAGGCAUGCAGUUCAGACUUCCACAGGCAGGUGGCAUGCAGGGUAGUGUGCAAUACAGACCUCAGCUUCAGUAUCAGGACCACUUUUCUUGCCAACAAUCUGCUCGGAAUGCAAUGAUGGCUUCCGGUCCACGAGUGCCUUUGAUGAGAAUACCUGGAGAUCCCAGCAUGCAGCAGAACUCACAUGGGGACGUUUCUCAAUGUGGACAACAGGUCUGCUCAAGUCCACUGCAGUCUAGAGUUCCUCAGAAUAGGAAAAGUGGCUGGAGCCAGGAGUGUAGGAGAUUACCUCACACUGCAGUGUUUGGUGCAGCUGCCGCUAAAAAUGGUCCCUGCACGGGAACAUUCGGGACAUUUCCGGCACAUCAUCACAAACAGUACAAAUGUGCUGCUGCGGAGAGCAGAGGUGCCAGUGUCAGAAGUGGCAUGUCCUCCCAACAUAGGAGAAGGAAGAGACCAAGUUCAGAGGAUGAGGGACCUUCAUCGAAGCUGUUCCUUAGUGAGGAGAAAAUGGCUGCUCAUCUAAAGAAGCUGUCCAUCAGUAAUGACCACACCUAUGUUGGCAUGGCGACACCUCCAGGCUCCUCCUCCCUGUCUCCUACACAGGAUAAGAACCGUGUUGUCAUCGAGGAUCUGAGUGAUGACAGCAGUGAUGAGUGGGCCAGCUCAUCAGAUAGUGACGUGGACCUCACCAUCCAGAUCAGCCCGGAGCUGCAGAAGGGCCUGCAGCAUGUGGCCGGGGAGAGGCUGCUGCCUGAAGGCCUGUUUGAACGGCUAAACCGGCCCUGCAUGGAUGUUGUGCUAUGGAAGCCACCGGAGGAUUUUGUACAGAGUGUACUGAACAGUUCCAGUUCACCAGAUCAGCGCGUCAUCCCAGCAGCUGUCCACUCCGAAUCCCUACAACUCCCUCAGGACAACCCCUCCCCUUCUCCUGUCAGCUGUAGCCGUGGGGAGGGAGAGGGGAUUGAUACAGACGUGGUGAACCAUGGAACACAGCGGGAUGUCACCAUGUUUGAUUGUGUGGAUGAUGACAUGGAGCUGUAGUAGAGCUGUGUAGUGGUACAGGGUGCCAGUUCAAUCAGUUAAAAAUACAAUGUACCCGAACCCUGCUGUACCAGUAUCAGGUCAAUCCUGACUGGGAUAACUAGGCAGGGGAUAUGGUUGAUGAAGAUUGGACAUCCAGGUAUUAAGAUUUGCCCCAAAGCAGUUACUCAAGGAGCUGGAUAUGAUUUUGGAAAUGGUCAGACAUUUCAGACAACAUUCGUGUCUUUCAUCAUUGACACUAAGAAGAUCUCAUUGGAGAGCAUUUUUUUUUCAAAUCCCAGCUAUGAAUUGAUAUGCUAAAGAGAUCCAGCUGGAGAGCAGGCUUCUAUGAACUAAUAUGCAAAAAGAGAUCAGAGGAACACAAUUUUUUAGUAGUCCAAAGGAAACAAAGGUAAGACAAGUGAAGAUGAUGUUGAUGCUAAUUAGCUCUUGUUGUUUGGCAGGAGAUGUCCAGUUUGACAGAUUUGGUGUCAUUAUAGAAGUCAUGUAUAUAAUACUGGCCUGUGUCUACAUGCAUCAUUAAACAGUCUGUUAUUACCAGGUCAAAUAAGCCUUUGUCCUUAUUGAAAAUAGACCAUUAUUUGAACAAGUUCAGGUACAGUCCAGGUACUAUACCUAAACCCCUGUACCUGAACCUAAAACUUGUUUAGUUAACACAGCUCAGUGCUCAAAAUACAUGUACUUAUUUUCAGCCAGGUUGCCCAAACAGCAACCAGAGUCAGAAGCUAGGUUGCCCUACUUCCAAGUUAUUACUUUCUUCUUAUCACCUACUUAUCUAUUAUCUUUUCCAGGUAACUACUUAUGUUUUAUCCUAUCAAGAAAUAGAUUUAAAAGCUUUCAAACAGCACCUUUUAUUCAAAAA